UUUAUUUAUUUUUUUCCUUUUAAUUUUUUUUCUUCUCUCUAAACAAAAUCAAACCAAACCCUUAUUCCAUUUUUCCUCUUUCAAUUUCUCCCUUCUGCUCUCUGUGUGUGAAAAAAAAAAUGAAAAUGGAGGAUUUGGACCCAACUGCAUGUUUCAUGGUGGAUGAUGACCUUCUCAACUUCUCUUUGGAAGAUGAAACUGUUGAAGAAGAUGAUGAAAAAUCAACUAUUACUAGCAAAGACCCACUUUCUUAUUCUUCUUCGUCUUCAACAAACCCUCUUGUUAGCCUUCUUCCCCACCCUGAGUGUGUAGAGGAAGAAUUGGAAUGGCUGUCAAACAAAGAUGCAUUUCCAGCGAUAGAGUUUGGCAUUCUUUCGGAGAACCCGGGUAUGGUAUUUGAUCACCAUAGCCCGGUUUCAGUGCUGGAGAAUAGUAGCAGCACCAGCCACAGCAGUGGCAAUGGUGUUGUUAAUGGAAAUGCUUAUACGAGCUGCUGUGUCAACUUAAAAGUUCCGGUUAAUUACCCUGUUCGUGCACGGAGCAAGAGAAGACGUAGAAGACGGAGAGGUGGGUUUGCUAACAUGCCAAGCGAGCAUUGUCUGCCGGUGACACAACCAAGUUUCAAGAACGUUAAGCAGCAUGAGCCAUUGCUUUCGUUACCAAUGAAUUCAGCUAAGAGUGCUGCUAGCAUUGGGAGGAGGUGCCAACACUGUGGAGCUGAUAAGACCCCACAAUGGCGGGCAGGCCCUCUGGGGCCGAAAACACUGUGUAAUGCUUGUGGGGUGCGCUAUAAGUCAGGCAGGCUGUUGCCAGAGUAUCGCCCGGCUAAUAGCCCUUCUUUCUCGGCUGCUGCGCAUUCCAACUCCCACCGGAAGGUUUUGGAGAUGAGAAAGCAUAAGAUUGGAGUGGGAGGAAUGUUGAUUCAUGAAGCUUGUGGAUAUAGAGUAGAACAGUAUUGCUGGAAAUGUACUUGCUAAGCAGUUUUAACAGUUGCAGAAGGUGGUGUUCGCUCGAGAUGGAAGUUUGAAGGUUACAGUGUUCUAAUUGUUUGAGGGGUUUGAUCAUCUUACUUUGGUUUUACCCCUUUAUGUAAUGAAGCAUUCUGCAAUGUAUUGUCUAUUUGUUUGAAUAAAAGAAAGAAGAUGGAACUUAUAUGCAGAGUUCUCUUCUCAUGGUUGAAUGAUGAUUA